AUGUUUGAUGAAGCGCGACAGCAAGCCGAGCCGAGCCUCUCAGCUGCUACCGGCACAUCCUGCCCCAGCGCCUUUGCAAGCGACAAGCCCUUGAGCGCCGUACCCAUGCAGACAUCGCACUAUAUGAACAUGAACGGCAUGAAGUAUGAAUCAGCUAAGUUACCGGGGCGCACUGAGAGUGUUACUGCUGAUGAUUGGAUGCUUCACCCAAUGACAAAGCUAGAAGGACCGCAGAUGAGGUCGCCCGCCGCCGGCGGAUAUGCGGCUCAGCCGUCGUCGCAACCUCGGCUUCAGCACGGCUACGGCGCGCAGGAUUCUCCUGCCGAUCGCCCUCAUCGCCAUCGCCGCACCGAGUCUGCAGCCAGCAUUGCCAGCGCGGCUAGCAUCGCCGAUAUCAACAUCGAUGAGACGCGAACCGAGACGGGCGUCACCGUCGAAGAGAUUGCGCAGUACAUCCAGGGACCUGAGACGACAGACGGAAAGUGGACGUGCCUCUUCGAUGACUGCGGAAAGCAGUUUGGGCGCAAAGAAAACAUAAAGUCCCACGUCCAGACCCAUCUCAACGACCGCCAGUACCAGUGCCCGGCCUGCAUGAAGUGCUUCGUACGGCAGCACGAUCUCAAGAGGCACGCCAAGAUUCACACCGGCAUCAAACCCUACCCUUGCGACUGUGGCAACAAGUUUGCGCGGCACGAUGCCCUCACAAGACAUCGCCAACGGGGCAUGUGCGUGGGCGCCUUCGACGGCAUCGUGAGGAAGACGGUGAAGCGUGGGCGACCCAAGAAGAACCGCCCGGAGCUGGACGCGCGACUCGAGAAAUCGUCAAAGACCAGGAAGAAGAACAUGUCCAUCAGUUCCAUCUCUUCCUUUUCGGGUUAUUCGGACAUCUCCAACACCAACUCCCCGAAUUAUGAGCUCGACGUGCUGAACGAGGUGCUGGAUAUGGGAAUUGAAGGCGAAUCCGAGCCGUUGCGCUCCAUCUCAUCAGCGCCGAUGCCCAGUCUGCCCAACUCAACAACAAACAGCAGCAGCCCCAGCAACCCCAGCAUUGGCGCGUCUCCCUCGGAAGCCAGUGUCAGCUCAUAUGUGUCCCCGGAAGCAAUCAUGGAAAGGCCCUCACAUCCUUCUUCUCCUGGCAAGAGCACACCGGGCCACUACAACACGCCGCCCGGCCUCUCUCAGUCAUCGUCGUCGCCGCCGUCCUCCCACUUCUUCGAGCUGGAUCCCGCCACAUCAACAGCAGCGGCAGAGGACGUCGUCAGUUACUCUGCCGGCGGCAUCAUGAUGAACAUGUCCUCCAUGAGCGCCCCCUUGCCUCUGAGCAUCGGCGAGCAGGAGGACGAUCUGCUUCGCCAGUUCACCAACGACGAUAGCUUCAUCCCGUUGGACCGCGACCAGAGCCUGAUGAUGAUGCCCAAAUUCGACGAGUUCAACGGUGUAGCCGUCGGCAUGCUCAACGACAACGGCUAUUACUUCUGA